GAGUCAGCAAUGGGAGUUAGGAAGGCGCUGGGUGCUUGCUUGCUGGUUAGGGAGGCUUAAAGAGACAACAGCAAGACAGAGCGAGGGAGAAGGAGAUGAAAUCACGAAAAUAACAGUAAAUACCGGCAAAAUGGGGAUUCGCGCACAAUAGAAAAAUACACCGGACAGCUACCCAGUGAAAACGGCGAGCCCUGCAGUCCUGGGAUCACCCGGAGGUCACCGCCGCUCGUCUCCCCGCCCCGCCCGCUCACCGCUAACUGGCGUCCGUCGACCCUGACCCCGCUAACUGGACCCGAGGAAUGUCUGCUGCACUACCCCAGGCCGGCCAGGAGGGGGUGUCGAGGAGCACAGGCGGAAGCAGCCAGGCGUUGCUGUGGGUGCGCUAGCCCGGAUCUGCGUGCCUUGCGUGCGCGGGGCGUGUGCGUGUGCGUGUUCUUCCUGUGUGUGCGUGCGUGAGUGAGUGAGCGAGCGAGCGCUACCUGCCCACUCAAAGGGGGGGAGGCAUGCUCCUCUGACUGAGAGCGAGAGAGAGAGAGAGAGAGAGAGAGAGAGUGAGAGAGAGGGACCUGCAGAAGAGGAGGAACGAGACGCACGGAGGAGAAGAGCCUGAAGGAAGAACAAAGAAAGAAAGAAGAGGAGGGAUAACCUUCUCCCGCGCGCCAACGCCGUCUCCGUUUUUAAACCCGUUUUUUUAAUGCGCUGUCGUACACGCGUACAUAGAGGGAGCCCUCUCCUCCGCCUUUAGCCUCCCUCCCUCCCUCUACGGCGCCCUCUGCAGGUUGUUUCGGCGGCUGUGAUUUGCAUGGCAGCGGCGUAACCGUGGAGAGGCCGGGCUAUCACAAGCUUAUGGAUUUUGAGAAGAGAGGGAAGGGAGAGGCCGAGGAGGGGAAAAGAAUGUCCAGGGCCGCGGGGAGCAGGACGGGGCACGGGGGCCGGGGCACGGGGACCAACUCCGGGGUGCUCAUGGUCGGCCCCAACUUCCGAGUGGGGAAAAAGAUCGGCUGCGGGAAUUUCGGCGAGCUCCGGCUGGGGAAGAACCUCUACACCAACGAAUAUGUGGCCAUAAAACUGGAACCCAUUAAAUCCAGGGCACCACAACUACAUUUGGAAUAUCGGUUUUACAAACAGUUGGGAAAUUCGGAGGGCGUUCCUCAGGUGUACUACUUCGGGCCGUGCGGAAAGUACAACGCCAUGGUCCUGGAGCUACUGGGGCCCAGCCUGGAAGACCUGUUUGACCUCUGUGACCGCACCUUCUCCCUCAAGACCGUCCUCAUGAUAGCCAUACAGCUGAUAACACGGAUGGAAUACGUCCACACCAAAAGUUUGAUAUACCGAGACGUCAAGCCGGAGAACUUCUUGGUGGGUCGGCCGGGGAGCAAGAGGCAGCACACGAUCCACAUCAUCGACUUCGGGCUGGCCAAAGAAUACAUCGACCCCGAGACCAAAAAACACAUUCCCUACCGGGAGCACAAGAGCCUGACGGGCACCGCGCGAUACAUGAGCAUCAACACACACCUGGGGAAAGAGCAAAGCAGAAGAGAUGACCUGGAAGCUUUGGGUCACAUGUUCAUGUACUUCCUGCGGGGAAGCCUUCCGUGGCAGGGCCUAAAGGCGGACACACUUAAGGAACGGUAUCAGAAAAUAGGAGACACUAAACGAGCCACGCCCAUCGAGGUGCUCUGUGAAAGCUUCCCAGAGGAGAUGGCCACUUACCUGCGUUACGUGAGGAGACUGGACUUCUUUGAGAAACCCGACUAUGACUACUUGAGGAAACUCUUUACCGACCUCUUCGACAGAAACGGCUACGUCUUCGACUACGAGUACGACUGGGUCGGCAAGCCACUCCCAACCCCGAUUGGCCCCAUCCCCAGUGACACCCCCCUUCAGCCCAGCAGCAGAGACAAAGCACAACAGCAGACCAAAAACCAGGUAAUGAGCUCCACCAACGGAGAGCUGAACACGGACGACCCCACCGCUGGCCACUCCAACGCACCCAUCACCGCCCCGGCUGAGGUGGAGGUGGCCGACGACACAAACUGCUGUUGCUUCUUCAAGAGGAGAAAGAGGAAAGCUCUUCAGCGGCACAAGUGAGGCCCUGUCAGAGAGAACUUGAAACUUUCUGCUGACUGUCAAGUUUUAAACGGGAGCUAACUCACGGACCGCCCAUCCCCUCUCUCUCUGACUGCUUCGGGGCACCCCCCUCUGGCCACACGCAGGAAGGAACAUUGUUGUCCCUCCCCCAUCGGUCAAGUGGGUCGAGCAACAGACUGUGGUUUCUUUUUUUUUCUUUUCUUCUUCUUUUUUUUUUUUUUUUUUUAAAACAAAGAAAAAUAAAGAAACAAGUACAUACCUAAAAUGGGGGAUGCAGUAAAAAAAAAUGACAAAAAUAAAUACAAAGAAGUAAAAGAUAACUGUAAACAAUGAUACAUGAAAUACCCGUGACAUGAACAUUUAAAGAAAAAGAAAAAAAAAUGACAAAAAAAAAAAGAUACUGUUCGAAACAGUUGUUGUAUCCUAGAUUCCAUACAGAGCAUUAACCUGUACGGGAGCCAAUGAGCUUGGGGACGAAGGCAUGAACCGGUCGGGUGAGCGAAACGUGUUCCAUAGAAGUAGUGCUUAUUUGUGGGAUCAAGGUCGGAGGUGAGAAUGAACUAUUGUUAACGGUAACCCAAGAAUCAGUGAGAACAACAGGACACAUUUCAUCUGAACCAGAAUCGGAAGAUUUUUUUUUGUUAUGUUACUUCAUUGUUUUUUUUUUUCCUUUCGCCUCCCCCCCCCCCCCCCCUCCCCUCCAUUUUGUAAAUUCCCUUAAAGGUUUUAAGGUUGGUUGAGUCUCAUUCAUCUGAAACGAACUUUUACUUUCAUGUUGUAGUGUUCAGGAUUAUUUUUAUUUUUUUUCUGUCAGUAUGGACUUUGUAGCACAGUCACUGUCCUCAGGUACUGUGGAAGAUUGAGAGACACUCAUUAAUCUCUCUUUAAAUUGCACUUUGGGAAAAACAGAAAAAAAAAAACCAGUGGAAUUCUGGACUUGAAAUUCACAAACAAAAAGAACUUAAUAAAGACUGAUCUAGGAAGAUUGCUAUAUGAGGCUCAUCUCUGUGCAAAGCCGAAAUGUCCAUUUAAAGGAAAAAAGAAAACUGUCUUUCAAUUUUAUUUCUCACGUCAGAAUAAUUUACCAGGAAAUCAUAGUUUGUGCCUUUCCAAGUAAAAUGUUUAAAGCUCCACUAAA